GCCUACAAUUUCAAUAUUGUACUUAACGGUACGAUCGACAAAUUUUCGUGUGGGUUGUGGCAUUACUCAUCAAGAAAUAACAUUGUCUCCAUUUAAAAAUGAAGUAUUUUGCGCUGAUAUUCUCAAUAAUUUGUUUCUUUGCCGUUACUCUUGCAAAAAUUGAAACUGAAGAUGCGGUUUUAGUACUUACGAAAGAUAAUAUUGAGGAAGCUGUUGAACAAAAUGAUUAUAUGCUGGUAGAAUUUUAUGCACCAUGGUGUGGACAUUGUAAAAAUUUAGCUCCUGAAUAUGCUAAAGCUGCAAAGAAAUUACAAGAAAUUGGUUCUGCUGUAAAAUUGGCUAAAGUUGAUGCAACUGUUGAAACAACACUAGCUGAGCAACAUAAAGUUCGUGCAUAUCCUACCCUUAAAUUCUAUAGUAAAGGAGUUGCUACUCAAUAUAGUGGUGGUCGUAAGGCAGAUGAGAUUAUAAAUUGGGUAACAAAAAAGGAUAUGAAAUCAGAGGGUGCAAAAGUAUUUUUAGAAGUUUGGCGUGCUGUUGAUGAUCAUAUAUUUGCUAUAAGUAGCAGUGAUGAAGUUUUCAAUGAAUAUGGAGUAGAAGAUGGAAAAAUUGUUUUAUUUAAGAAGUUUGAUGAAGGCAGAAAUGAAUUUAAUGAAGAACUUGAUGUUGACAAAUUACUAAACUUUAUCCUUAUAUACUCAUUACCUUUAGUUGUUGAUUUCAAUCCAGAUACUGCACAAAAACUAUUUGGUGGUUAUAUUAAAACCCAUUUUCUUGUCAUCCUUAGUAAAGAAGCUGGUCAUUAUGAAGAAUAUGUGGAAAUGAUUAAGGAACCAGCAAAAAAAUUCCGUGGAGAGGUUUUAUUCGUAACAAUUAAUGCUGAUGAAGCUGAUCAUGAACGCAUCUUAGAAUUCUUUGGUAUAAAGAAAAAUGAAGUACCUGCUAUGCGUCUCACAAAAUUCGAACGAGAUAUGGCUAAGUAUAAACCAGAGAAAUCAGAAAUAACCAGUGAAAAUAUUCUGGAAUUUGUAACCGCAUUUGUGGAAGGCAAACUAAAAAGACAUGUACUUACACAAGAUUUACCUGAAGACUGGGAUAAAAACCCUGUAAAAAUUCUUGUGGGUACCAAUUUCCAUGAAGUUGCAUUUGAUAAAAAGAAAAACGUUUUAGUUGAAUUUUAUGCUCCAUGGUGUACACACUGCAGCAAUUUGGUUCCUAUUUAUGAUGCACUUGGAGAAAAAUAUAAAGAUAGAGAAGAUUUAGUUAUAGCCAAAAUGGAUGCUACUGUAAAUGAAUUAGAAGAAGAGAGAAUUAGCAGUUUCCCAACAAUUAUUCUUUACAAAAAGGAAACAAAUGAAGCUGUAAUAUACGACGGUGAAAGAACCCUUGAAGAAUUUUCUAAAUUUAUUGAUUUUGAUGGUGUUUAUCGUGAAGCUGCAGAAGAAGUUCAAACAACAAGAUCCGGUUGAAAAAUGGAACAAACAUUUAACCUUUCAAAACUGAUUAAAUUCUUACAUCAAACAUUAAUAUUUACAGAAGACAUAAAAAAUGUGUUAAUAUCAAAUUGUGACGAAGCAACGUUUUGUUUAAAACCAUGGUACAUAGAAAUAGUUUCUCAACCGGAAACUAGUAAAAAUAUAUGUACUUGCCCCAAAUUUAAAACUGAAGUUGAAGAAAUUGCUGCAAGUAUUAGUAGAACAUUAUUACAAACACAGCAAUUACGAGAAAAGUUAUUUACUAAUGUUACAAAAGAAAGAAAUUCAAAAUGUUUUGAUAUGUACAAAUGUUCUCAUAAAAAUGGUAAUAAAGAACAAAGAAAAGUAAGAAACUUAAGUUCAAUUAAUAAAAACACAAAUGAGGUACAUUUUAAUCAGGAUCAUAAUAUUAAAAAAUUAAUUACUCAGAAAAUGAGUCGUGAUAGAGGAUUACAUAAUGAAAUAAAAAAUAGUGCACAUAUGAGUGAAAAAAUAAAAAAUGAUAAUAAACAUUUGGUAACACGCUCAGAGAAUAAGAAUUUUCUUAAGAUAAAUAAAAGGAAUAUCAAAAACAUAGUAGCAGUUCAGCAAUAUAAAAAUAUUAACCAUAAAUUGGAAAAUAAUUCUACAUUAAAUGGUUGCAUAAUGAAGUCAAAAUGUAUUAAGUUUGAUGAAAGACUUACCGCAGCAUCAACAAGUGAAUUGAAAAGUUUAAUACAAAAAAUAUCAACCAAAUCUAAUAAUUAUGUAUUUCCUAAUGAGUGUACAAUAAAGUGCUCAUUACAUGGAGGUGAAACUUUACAAUGUAUCUAUGAGCAAAAUUUAAUAGCUAUAAAUGUUGUAGACAGUCUUCAUAUAUCUAAUAUUCCUGGAGAGAUAAUUAAAUCAUUGAAAGUUUAUCACACAUAUUUGAAUAAUGAACUUUCCGCGAAAUUACUUAACGGAAAACGGCAAAAGAUAUUUCAUAAAUUUUUGAUAGAGUUUAAUAAAAACGGUCAAAUUUUACAGGAAAAAUCAAUACAUAAAAAUUACAUCAUUAUUGCACUCCCUAAAUUUACAUCUUUAUUUGAAAUUCUUUUUUUUAAAAACCCAGAAAUAUUUCAUUUAACUGAUAUUAAAACAACAUAUGCAGAAUUAAGUUCUACCUGGAAAAUGUAUAAAUUUAAAGAAUUUAAUAAUAUACAAGUUUUAAAAAAUAUUGUACAGAAAAUACUAUGUACUAUUUCAAAUGCACCAAAAUGGAUGUCAAAUGAGAUUUGGAAUUUUUUCUAUAUGAAAUCUUUUGAAGGUAUGUCAGAAGUAUAUUGCAUACGUUACACAAAUGAAAAGCAAUUAUUAUUAUUUUUUGAUGUAAUAGAAAAAUUGCAAUAUAUACAAUACUAUAAAGGUUUAGUUAAAAUUGUUAUAGAAGAUGUACUUCCUAAUAUGAAAUUUUUAUUUAAUCCUGCACAAUUAGAAUAUAUGAAAAUAUAUAAAAUGAUUUCCAUUCUUUAUCAAGAUUUAAAUCCAAAAAUUCCAGUUUUAGUAAAAACUGAUAAAUAA